AUGCGCGGUCGCAGCGCCCCCUCGCGACUAUCCCGAGGGCGGCCCCGCCUGGGUUCCUGGCAAGUUCGGAACAGUUGGGAAGGGGAUGACACCAACUUGGGCUCCGGGCAGUCCCGCACACCCCACCGAACCUCCUGCCUUCCCGGGGUCAUGAAGCGAGCUAACCAAAUCAAGAGCGAACGACGACCCCGCCGCAAAGACAAGUCAAAUGUUCACAACCUGAGCAAAACCGUGCUCACCAAACUGACUGUGGGCAGCAUGGGACUAGGACUGGUGGUCAUCCAGAAUGGGCCCUACCUCCAGAUCACUCACCUCCUCCGGAAGGGGGCUGCUGCCAACGAUGGAAGCCUCCAGCCAGGUGACAUUCUUAUCAGUGUUGACCAUACUAAUGUAUUAGGAUAUACUCUUCGAGAAUUUUUAAAGCUGUUGCAACAGAUCACCAUAGGAACAAUGGUACAGAUCAAGGUUUACCGCAACUUUAUUGACAUUUCCCAAGACUGGAAAGAAAGAUGUGAUCUAAUUCCUGAGACUAAGUUUCCAGUCAUACGCACAACAAAGCAAACAGUGCAGGCAGCUGAUGAUAAGGAAGAUAAUAAGGAAGAUGAAGUUUUAGAUCCCAGGCUGAAGUACUAUAGAUAUCCUCGGCAAGUCGGGCAGUAUCCUGUGGAAAUACCCAUGUCAAUCUCCAGCGAGUGGCACUGCUAUAGAAAGGAGAGCCAGGCUGUUAGUGUAGGGGAAAAUAUUAACUGUGACGUGAUGAUUCACAAAGAGCACAAGAAAGAACAGAGGGCCCCUUCUCCAUACUGGACCAUGACAAAGCACCCCAAAGAAUACACCUCCUCCUCUUCGGACUCUUCCACCUCAGAUGCAUUCUGGCUAGAAGACUAUGCCCACACUGAAAAGGGCAAGGGCAAGGGCAAGGGCGAACCUGCAUCACAAGUUAAUAAUCUGUAA